GACAUGUCAUGUCCAUAAGAGGCGGGCACCGCACCUGUCAGUUUCAGCUCAACCUGUGUGUUGCACCACAUAGCAUCACUGAGUAGCAUUAUCAAACUUCAUUCACAGCGUGCUGCUUCUUCUCCAAGUGUGAGGCGAGGAUGCCGAGGGUGCUGUCAAGUGUCUCUUGCGAUCCCACUCGUUUAUUGACCAGCGUGAAGUGCUUGAGUAAAAGUGUCGCCACGAUGUUUGUUUUCCUUCACUUCGAGGAAUAGUUACCAAGAACAGAUUGGACAUAAAACUAAUAGUGAGAUAUUGUGACGAUAGUGUGAAAGCCGGGAGACUGCUUUGUUUUAGAAUUAAAAAAUGGAGAUAACAACCUGGACAACGUUGACUGAAAAUGCGACGUCUCCGGAUAACUGGACGGACUUGUCGGAAAGGCUAUUUUAUCCUUUAGUGAAACAACCUACCUACAUGGUGACAAUAUUAACACUGGCAUACGGUACCGUCUUCAUACUUGCUGUCUUAGGGAACACCAGCGUCAUUGCAGUUAUCUAUCGUGAUCGUCGCUUCCAUACCGUAACAUACGUCCUGCUGGCAAAUCUUGCUGUUGCUGACGUAAUGGUUGCUGUAUUCUGUCUACCCAUUACGCUGAUGACCAAUCUCUUUAACGAUUGGCGGUUUGGGGCACUGCUCUGCAAACUUGUUCCGUACCUUCAAGGAGUGUCUGUGUGUGCUUCAGUCAACACACUGGCAGCUAUAGCAAUAGACAGAUACAUUGCAAUCUGCCACGUCCUUGAGUUUAAGCUGACGAUGAGGUCUGUCCGGUUUACAGUGGGUGUCGUGUGGACAUUGGCUGCUUCCAUUAUGAUUCCAUGGAUUAUCUAUUACCAGCAAAUAGAGUUCAAGACAGCGCUACAGGUUCUCUACAUCUGCUUUCUGGAUUGGCCUAGACCUGAACAAGCUCAAGAGUUCUUCCUUGCCAUCUUUCUGUUUUGCUACAUUUUCCCCCUCCUACUCAUCGUCAUAUGCUACUCUUUGAUUGGACUCAAAGUAUGGAACAGAGAUCUUGGAGGAAUAUUUUCUGAAAACGUCGUGAUACAUAGAUCUAAAGUUCGAGUUGCCAAAAUGUUGGGUAUUGUUGUGCUGUUGUUUGCUCUGUCCUGGAUGCCCUUGUACGCCAUAAAUAUAAAGCUGUCCUUUAACAGUCCAGAUAUGCACAGCGAAGAAAUGAGAAUCAUACAAGAUCUCAUAAUCCCCAUGGCUCAGUGGCUGGGGACGUCAAACUGUUGCAUGAACCCACUUGUAUAUUGCCUCUUCAGCAAGCGGAUGAGAGCAAGGAUCAGAAUAAUGUUGACCUGCUCGUCCUUGAUCAGGACUCGUCGGAAGCUUCUUAAAAGAUACUAUUCAAGCACAAAGCACAUGACAGUGGAUUACUCAAAUGGACAGAUCAAACUGGCUUUCAAAAGAACGCAGUUAAAUGGUUCAGAUGAUCGAUUCAGUAAGCUCAGUAGUGAUACUCCAAAAGUUGUUGAAAGACAUUGUAUGUACAAUUUGUAGGAAGUGAGAUCUUAUGUGAUGUAAACUGCUUGAAGGUGGUAAUCAUUUAAGUAUCGUCCAUACUUUUCAUACCGUGUCCGUUAUUGUCGUCUUAUAUAUGUAGCAUGAAGAAUAUGCCGCUGGUAAGAUAUUUUAACAUGUUUUUGUAUAAUGUUUCCCUUUUAAGUGGUAUAUAUCAUAUUGUUAUUCUGUUAUGGAUAUACGCUGAAUUGCCAUUGGUACUGAACUUGUAUGUUACUUUCAUAGUGUUUGUGACAUUUCUUCCGUCGGAAAACGGUUUAAGUAAUUUCAAAAUGAUAACUCCUAUAUAUACACAUUUGGCCUUGUACUGAAUUUUAAUAAAGGAAACAAAUUUGAGUACGUGCAGAAUUGUUUUACCUCAUAAAGGGAUUUUACAUUGACAAGUGAAAAAUAAUAUAUUGGUCGGUAGUAUUAUGCUGAUUCAAUUUGUGUUACAACAAUAUCUCGCUUAUGAAUAUGAAGUAAUGUCAUUGCGUCUGUCAAAUUGGUGCACAAGUUACUCUAUUAAA